CGGGCCCCGAGUCCUCGCUGGAGCCCUACGUGCAGACCCGCAUCUUCAAGAUCAUCGUGAUCGGGGACUCCAACGUGGGCAAGACGUGCCUGACCUUCCGCUUCUGCGGCGGCGCCUUCCCCGACAAGACCGAGGCCACCAUCGGCGUGGAUUUCCGCGAGAAGACGGUGGAGAUCGAGGGGGAGCGCAUCAAGGUGCAAGUGUGGGACACGGCUGGCCAGGAGAGGGUUCGGGAGAGCAUGGUAGAGCAUUACUACCGCAACGUGCAUGCCGUCGUCUUCGUUUACGACGUCACAAAGAUGACCUCCUUCACCAACCUCAAGAUGUGGAUCGAGGAGUGCAACGGGCACGCCGUGCCCCCCCUCGUCCCCAGGGUGCUGGUUGGGAACAAGUGUGACUUGAAGGACCUGAUCCAAGUGCCAUCCAGCAUGGCCCUGAAGUUCGCCGACGCUCACAACAUGCUUUUGUUUGAGACCUCGGCCAAGGACCCUAAGGAGAGCCAGAACGUGGACGCCAUUUUCAUGUGCCUGGCCUGCCGGCUGAAGGCGCAGCGCUCGCUGCUCUGCCGGGACCUGGAGGGGCGGCCGGGCCAGGCCCGCAGGCUGGAGCCAACGCACGACGCCAACGGUAAAACCUCCUGCCCGUGCUGAGCGGGGCUCCCGCCGCCCUUGUCACGGUCACCCCAAUAAAGUCUCUGCGCCUCCA